GAAUCGAGCAAGUCAUCAUAUAAUCAAGCUAAGGACAGAAUAAGGAUGACUCCUAAAGCACAAGAAAACAAUCACGGGAGUCGCCAAGAAUGGCGAUAUCCAAGAGCCAGGGUGCUUCGAUUCCGAGUUCGGAGAAGAUGAGCCCCCGAGUGUGGCUAUACUCGAUUCUGCUUACUCUUCAAUACGGGGCACAGCCCUUGAUAUCGAAGCGCUUCAUCAGACGAGAAGUAAUUGUGACAUCAUCUGUCCUAACUUGUGAACUUGUAAAAGUACUAUCCGCUCUUAUUCUUAUGGCUAAAGAUGGUAGUUUGAAGAAGUUAUUCAGCAAGUGGACUUUGGUUGGUUCAUUGACUGCUUCUGGACUUCCUGCAGCUAUUUAUGCACUGCAAAACAGUUUGCUCCAGAUAUCUUACAAGAAUCUUGAUUCACUUACGUUUUCAAUGCUGAACCAGACGAAAAUAAUUUUCACCGCUUUGUUCACGUAUAUAAUUUUGAGGCGACGGCAAUCAAUUCAGCAAAUCGGGGCCCUAUUCUUGUUAAUCAUGGCAGCAGUUCUUCUGAGCAUUGGUGAAGGAUCCAGUAAGGGCUCCAGUAGUGGAAAUGCUGAUCGAAUCCUAUUUUAUGGUAUUAUUCCUGUACUAGUAGCUUCUGUACUCUCAGGUCUGGCUUCAGCUUUAUGUCAAUGGGCUUCUCAGGUUAAAAAACACUCCUCGUACUUGAUGACCGUUGAAAUGUCCAUUGUUGGAAGCCUGUGUUUGUUGGCUAGUAUCUCCAAGUCUCCAGAUGGAGAAGCUAUCAGACAACAUGGAUUUUUCUAUGGCUGGACUCCGCUGACUCUGAUCCCAGUUAUAUCCAAUGCUUUUGGCGGAAUCCUUGUUGGCCUAGUUACAAGCCAUGCUGGUGGUGUUAGAAAGGGAUUUAUCAUCGUUUCUGCACUUCUGGUAACAGCCUUGCUGCAGUUUGUUUUUGAGGGCAAACCCCCAUCGGUGUAUUGUCUUUUGGCUCUUCCACUUGUCAUUAGUAGUACUUCUAUAUACCAGAAGUAUCCAUAUAAAGAGGAAAAGAAGGCGGCCUAAUCCCUACUCGUUGCAACAUUACAUGGACGACCAAGUUGUAGAGUGGUUAGAGUUAAGACUGGCAGGACAUUUUUUUGUAAGUGGAGUCAUACCUACCAAUUUAGGGAAACUAGAAAGGUAUACUUGCAUUGCUUUCUUAAAACUCAUAGUUACAAUUAUUCGAACUAUGUAUUGUUUUGAAGCAGCAUGCGGGGAGAUAGGUAGUGUUCUUAUUGCUGUACGUUCUGUUAUUCUUGGAUUUUGGGGAUUGCUGGUUUAAAAAAGUGGACUUGUUCCAAUGAGGAUGAUAGAAUAGUAAAAAUAAAUCUAAUAUUGGUGCAUUUGACUUGGAGAUCUCUCCUGGGAAUGUUUCAA